AUGUGGUUGGUCGGUUGGCUGACACUUGCGGUACUCUUUGUUGUUUCAGCCGUGUCUUUGGUGAUCGCGUCUCUUGGGAUUGCAGAAGAGGGUGAGACUCUGGCACAGACAAUUUGGAAAAUGCUGAAUCGUACGUUGGAUCCGGGAAAUAUGGCGGAUGAUGAAGGAACAGCGUUGCUCCUUGCUUUGACAUUGGGGGUUUCGCUCUUUGGUAUUGUGAUUUUCUCUACAUUGAUUGGUAUCAUUGAUACAGCGCUUGGGGAACGUAUUGAUGUCUUGCGGCGUGGUCGUACAAAGGUUCAAGAGACAGACCAUACAGUGAUCAUUGGGUGGUCUUCCAAAAUUAUUGCGAUUUUAAGAGAGCUUGUUGAACAUCAUGAGGAUAAUUGGCACAAAUCUUCUGUUGUGAUCUUUGCCAACAAAGAUAGAACAGAAAUGGAAGAAACCAUAGAAUCAGAGGUAGAGGGCCUCAAAAAAAUUAAGUAUGUGUGUCGUCGUGGGCAGGUUGGAGACCCCCGUAUUUUUGAAAUUACGAACAUACAAGAAGCAAAAAAUAUUAUCGUUCUAAAUGAUGAAAAGAAUGGAGAUAUCAAUGUUGUUAAGCAUGUUUUAAAUCUUCGAAAAUAUAAGAAGGAUGAUUUGCUAACAAAAACGAUCAUUGAAAUUAACGACAAAGGGUUGGUUCCUUUGGUAAAAAAUAUCUCAGAAAACAAAUCUGUCGUUCUUUCUACACAGAACUUUUUAACAAAGUUGAUUGCGCAAACGAUUGAACAGUCAGGAUUAUCUCUGAUUUAUAAUGAGAUUUUCAGCUUUUCAGGUAAUAAAUUUUAUAUUGUGGAUCGCUUCGAUAAAAAGCUUUUGGGGCAGUCUUAUCAUCAAAUGCAACAUGAAUUUCCUCAUGCCUGCAUUGUAGGAUUUGUGAAAAAUGGAGAAGUGAAUUUAAAUCCUGCUGGGGAGACCCUUCUUGAAGAAGGGGAUAAAAUCAUCCUGCUGGCUGAAUCUAAAGAUCAAGCAAAACGGUUAGAGCAUGAAUUAAAGAUUGAUGAAAAAAGUAUUGUCUCUAAGGAAGAACCUGUAGAGUCGAUUUCAAAUGUUUUGAUUCUAGGUUUGAAUCCAAGAGUUCAACACAUCAUUCGAGGGCUUUCUAAAAAAUACAAGAAAAAGCUGAAUGUAACGAUCUUGUCUAAAAAUGAAAUGGGUCCUAGAGAUCGAGCUGCUUUAGAAGAGUAUGCAGACCUUACCUAUGAUGAUCUCAGCCCUGCUGUUCGGGGGAAUCUUGAAAAUAUUAAGUUUGAAUCUUUCGAUAAAGUGAUGAUUUUAAAAGACGAUGAUGCAGAGGAUAGAGAUACAGAAGUCAUUAUCACGCUUCUUAAUGUGCGUGAUCUGAUGUCUAGAUUGAAGAAAAAGCCUUCUAUCACGACAGAAAUUAAUAAUGUGAGUAAUAAGUCUUUGUUGGAUGUUGCUUCAUACGAAGAUUUUGUGAUCAGUAACCAGUUUAUCAGUAAGAUGAUCGCACAGAUUAUUACGCAUCGUUCUAAGGAACACAUUAUUCGCCAGAUUACGGAUAUUAAUCAUACAAAUAUUUCACUGCUUCCGGUGGGGAAUUAUAUUAAAAAAGGUCAAGCGUAUACAUUUGCAACACUGGUGGAAUCUGCAGCCCGUAAAGGGCAUACGGCCCUUGGUGUACAAAUCGCCGAAGAACGUUUCGAUACACAGAAAAAUCAUGGUGUUCACUUAAACCCAGAUAAGAGUAUUGAGACCCCCUUCCACACAGAUGAUAAAGCGAUCGUUCUUGUCUGA